AUGUUCAGUAAUCUUGAAGUAGAAGUCAAUGGCCAAGAGACUUUCUCUAUCUGCCUCAAACUCGUCGCGUUUUUCUCCGGCAAACUCCGAAGACUGUUGGGCGACUCAACGACCGCGAAGAAAACCGGGUUCAAGCUGCUGCUCCACGGCUUCCCCGGCGGGCCCGAAGGGUUCGAACUGGUUGUCCGGUUCUGCUACAAUGGGGGUAGAAUCGUCAUUUUGCCGUCCAACGUCAUCCUCCUUCACGCCGCGGCCAGGUUCCUCGAGGUCAGCGAGAACCAAACCGAGAAGUACCUUCAAACCAUCCAUUCCUGGACGUGGUUCGAGCUUCUCGAUUGCCUAAAGCAGUUUCAACAACUCAUACACUUCACAAACUCGUCGUAUGUCGCUCGGGAAAUCCUCGAAGCCCUCGUCGAGAAGGUCUCGAUGCCCAACGUAUCGAGCCCCUUCUCGUAUUUUUUCGCCUCCGAUAAUUCUGGUUUGCAGUACUCGUCGGGAGAUGUAAGCAGUAGCGGCGGCAGCAGCAGCCGGUCUAGCAAUUUCAGGAGAUUUAAUUGGUUGAGAGAUCUCGAGUUCUUGAACGUUGGCAUGUUCGAGAAGGUCACGAGCGCCAUGAUUUCACGCAAGUUGGAAAACAGGCUCGUUUGCUUGUUCCUCGCACACUAUCAAAAAAUUAAGUUUGGUUCUCUUUUGGAGAGAGAUGAGAAGUGUAAGCUUGUCGAGAUUUUGGUGACAUCACUUAGCUCGCUCGAUCGGGGGAGCUCGAGUUUUCCGUUUAGAGGACUUUGUGACGUGCUUCGGCUUUGUUUCGUUUUGAAAAUGGAGAGAUUUUGGGUGAAGAAGGUGGAGAGGAUGAUCGGUUCCCGCCUCGACGAAGCUACCUUAGAUGAUUUGUUGGUUCGUGCUCGCCCGAUUAAACACCUUUCUUAUUCGUAUCUUGCUGAGGUGGCGCCCGAUCGAGAGCUCACGCCGUGCACAUUUCUAGGGUUAGCCCUGUGCCUACCGGACUCGGCUAGGGAGACUCAUGACAGAGUUUUCGACGCCUUAGACAUGUAUUUUAAGGUUCACGAAUUUAUAAGUGAAGAAGAGAAAAUGAAAAUGUGUUCGGUUUUGAAUUACGAGAAGUUGUCGUCGAAAUCGCUGAUGCAAAUAUCGCUAAAUGCCGCGUUUCCAGCUUCUGCUAUUGCUGCUGCUGUUUGUCAGCUCAAGGCCAAUAAGCUUGAGAAUAAGUCGAAUUAUGACUUGAAAAAUCUGGAGUUGAUAAGGAGCCAUAGUUCUUCAUCUUUCGAUUUAUGGACGAGAAAAGAAUGCAAGAAAUCACAAAAGAAAUUAAGUGGAUGUUGUUAUAAGUAA